CUCUUUUUCAGUGUUAUUUUUCUUGGGAAUUGUAUCCUUUCACAAUUUUCUCAAUGUCUGAUCAGAAGUCUUUGCUUAGCAUGAAGAAAACCUUCUUUUACAAUUUUUUUCCAUCAAAAACUGAAGAAGAAGCUUCCAAGGUUAAUAACACUCCAUGGGUAGCGACUCCAGAACUAGUGGAGAUAAGGGACUUAUACCCUGUCCCAAAAAUUGAUCUGGAAAAUCCGUGGCAGAUCAAGAAAAAGAUUACUCUUGAUGAGAUUGUUAUAAGAAUGUUGGUGAUUCCAUUUUUCGAGAUGUUUGAGUACAUUCUUCGAUACUGGACUUUGGAUAUGGCCAAAAGUUUGGAGAACGGGUGUGGGGUGUGUGUUGACGCGUGGGAUGUAACUGAAGAGAAUGUACCUAAGAAGUAUGUAGGUGGAAGUGUUUGCUUAAGGAAGCUGUGCAAUAGUGAUUAUUCUCUUUCAUGCGUUGAAUUGUUCAACGGUCGUGGAUUAGGUGUUGGUGAUGAAAUUGGGCUUUAUUGGGAUCCUAGAUCUUCAAAUUUAAUGUUCAAAUUACUUUCUCAGGCUCGUGCUUAGUGAAAAGGUUAAAGAAUUUAGGACCAAAAACAACAUAUCUUUUGUUUAGUAUUACUCUUCCAUAUAAUUGUAAUAGCUGAAGAUUUGAUUUUGAAAUUGGAAUAAUUGCACUAUGGAGUAUAAUGA